AUGGAUCCAAAGCAUUGGAAAGGUGGGAAGGCACCUGUCAAGGCUGCCAUCAACCUACCAACGCCUCCCUCAUCAGAUCCCCCAUUGCCCACUCAUUUGGCGCCAUCUCCAUUGACUGCUCCUCUGAUCAUCGCACCCUUGGGAUCCCCAUCAUCCAUGAUGAUGUCACAGCCAGACGCCGCAUGGCCAUCGUGGUUCCGUGAUGCCCACACGCUACUUUCUAGCCAGAGUCUAGGCAUGGUAUUUAUGGCCCUAAUUGAACAGUUUGUGCAACUCGAAAAACACACCGCCUUUGCACCAGGCACACACUCUGGAGGUUUCAAGUUGGAUAACAGGCUGCCAGAAGUUCACUAUUGGAUCUCUUGCAGGCAAGUGACGGAGCCUAAAAUAUCAGCAGUGAAGGACUUUGAGGCAAGUUGGUGGAAAUGGUGGAAAGGGUUACAGCCGGAUUGGAGGGUUGUGUUGGAGGUUGAGGGCAUACUGGACUCGGCGCAUCAACCAACCUUGAUGGGUAACGAGGAUUGGUUGGCUGUGGACAAAUAUGGUAGGAACGCGUUCUUUUUUGUGAUGGUGACACUCUUGUGGUGGGGAGCCGCCGUUCCGGGCCCAGCUAAUGGAGAUGCCCACUGGAUGGCAGCAGUUAGGGAUGUCGGGAAUGGGGUCAUUCCAGUGGAAUUCCAGAGGAAUAGGACUGGAAUCAAGCAGAAAGUCAUAGAUUGA